GUUAUUAAAAAUUUAAUAACAUUUUUCAAUACAUGUGGAUGAGAAACCAAGAGAUACCUAGCCAUUUGUCAAACCAUUUGUAACAACAAUAGUCUAUCAUUAGAGUAAUAACCUAAAUUACGUAUUCAUGUUAGAUAAGCGGGUAUUAUAAAUUUAGGUGCAAAGAUCUUACAUGACAUGGUUAAUAUCUGCAUGAAGAUCGUGGAAGAAACAUGACGCGAAUCAGUGUCUUUCCGUUAUUAAUAUGUGUUCUGUGCGGCAUAACAUCCUCCUUUGCUUUCGUUUUGGAGGAUUGUGGUUCGGAGAUAGGCAAGUUGACGGAACUUUCAAUUUCAUCCUGCCCCGAUAUGUCUGUUGAGAAAUGCAUAUAUACUCGUGGUUCCAAAGUAGAUAUAGUCGUCAAAUUUUUAACAAGCAAAGAUGUCUCGGAAGUUACAGUAAAAGCAUUUGCUGUGAUGCUGGACGUGCUUAUACCCCUUCCUAUAGAAAAACCUAACAUAUGCAAUGAUCCGAAAGGUGGGCUUAGUUGUCCGAUAAAGAAAGAUCAGGAGGUUCAGUACAAAACUUCAUUAACUGUGGAGAAGAAAAUUCCUCCGGUGAGUGUUGACCUUGUGUGGGAAUUUAGAAAUGAGAAUGACGAAAAGAUUCUGUGCCAAAAAUUCCCGUUGAAAAUUGUAUAAAAAUGUGGAUUGAAUAAAAAUGUUAGUUUCUAAAUAAUAAACUUUGUUACACUUUUAACACACAUGUCGAUGCAAACUUCAUUGAUUAAAAAUGUAACAAUAAAAAUAAACAUUAAAAUAAUAAAUAAUUGAAAAAUAUUCUUAAAAA